AUGAAUGAAGACAAUCCUCCCAGUUGGAAGAAGCGCUGGGGGUGGCUGAAAUCAGGUCGUUCAGACGCUCAUUUGCCAGAGGAAAGGACAGCCAGUGAUUCGUACUCUCUCCUCCCUUCGAAAAAUGCAUCUCGCAGACGAUUCUCGCGAGUGGUUCCCAAGUUCAUUGGCAAGGUCACCAACCGUUCUGCUUCAAGUGCUCGACAGUCUCCCAACCCUGAAACCACCGCUGCAAGCUCCUGUGCACCAGUUCUCCUGCACUCUCAGACAAGCCAGGUUCUUUCACCACUCACCACUACUACUCCCGAACUUAAUUCUGACCAGUCUUCUGAUUUACGCAUUGCAAAGGCCGAACAACCUGACCCGAAGCUUGUAAGAACAGCGCUCGCGAAUGCCAAAGCAGAAUUCGAAGGUGUCAAACAUGUCUCAGGAACGGUUGACAAUGCUACUUCAGCGUCCGAUAACCCACAAUCCAUUCCAGAUACCAUCGACGCUUUUCCCGCGAUUCUUGGACCUCUGAAGGUGUUCAAUUCCGUCGCCAACGGGCUUGCAGAUGUACGGGCCUCUAUCUCAAUUUCUUAUGUGGCUGAUCUUCGUGCAUAG